CUUUAGACACUCCUGUCACCAUUUCAUUUUCUUUUCUCUAUUAGGCUUAUAAAAAUAAAAUAAUAUAAAAUAGUGCAAAACAGAACUGUAGCUGUAACUGUAUGACUGAGAAGAUUACCUGACAAAAUGGAUGUAAUUUCUUCAUCAUCAGAAGAAAUUAUUGCAUAUGAUCAAGUUUACCGGCCACCUUAUGAUUUUUACCCAUACAUACCCCCUGAUGCUGAUGGUCAUAUUGAAAGUACAUGGGAUUACCACCCUGAUCAUACCCACCAAACUGAGCUGGAAGUUUCUUCUAGUAGUCACUUUGCUGAACUGCAUCCUGCCACUUAUUACUACAGUGAUGUGGAGUCCUACCACCCACCUCUGGAUUCAGGACUAAGUGCUUUUGUUCCUGUGGUUGGUCCUCAGUUUGCAUAUGUGUCUCACCCCCUAUACCAGCACUCGCCUCCUGUCCACUGCAGCACAGACGAUGAAGAUGCAGGGGGACAUAGUCCACCAUUUGAGGUGUCUGAGGGGGAGGAGGACCAUGAUGAACCACAUGCCAGUACCUCCACUGGCAUUGUAGGUAACAAGAGGAAAAUGCGUCUUUAUCAGUUCCUUCUGGAGCUGCUCAGUGAUGGGGAUAUGAAAGACUGCAUUUGGUGGGUGGACCGAGAAAGAGGCACCUUUCAGUUCUCCUCCAAACACAAGGAGACGCUGGCCAGCCGUUGGGGCCAGCAGAAGGGCAAUCGCAAGAGAAUGACCUACCAGAAGAUGGCCAGGGCCCUGCGCAAUUACAGCAAGACAGGGGAAGUCAAAAAGGUCAAGAAGAAACUGACAUAUCAGUUCAGUAGUGAAGUUCUGAGGAGGAUGUCAGCAGAGAGAAAAUAUCACUGAAAGAGAAAGAGAGAGAUCUAGAGAGAGGAUGAACAGAUGAAGUCUCUGUUUCUGAAGAACACAUGCUGAACAUUUCCCCCAACUGCUUAUCUCAGGGACUCCACAGAUUUUAGGAUUAUGUCUAUGGCUAAGUAUGGAACCUAAAAUGUUAUGGGAAACUAAAGUGAACUAAUAUUACAUAAAUGAUUGCAUAACUCUAAACUACAACUAUACACAUAGCUUGUGAGGAUAAAGCAGUGGUUCUCAAUCUGUCAAUCAGCUUGGCCUUAACAAAGGUCAAAAGCAAGGCAUUUACAUUAAUUACUAAUUUUUAUCAUUGACUUAAAAGCAUGCAGCUCUGUAAACUACUGUCAUUGUUUGACAAGGCAUAUUUCAAUAUGUUAGGUGUUUCCACCAGUGUGCAUAAUGUAAUUCCUAAUAAAUAGACCAUGGCUUAUUAACAGUUCAACAAAAUUACAAUAGAAAGUAAAAACAUCCACACUCCUUGUAGGACUAGCUUUGAUCUAUUUAUUACAAACAUUAUUUUGCCAACUUACUCAAUUUGUUACAACAACUAGGUAAAUUAUGAAUGUGUAUCAGUUACUUAAUACAGAUAAACAGUCCAUCUCUUGGUGAUGUUUUUAAUAUGAUGGAGUCUGUCCACAGAAUAAAUGAAAUAAAUAUCUAGCUUACAGAUUUGAAAUGCACUCGUUACAAUGGCCAGGAACACACCAACUGUGUUCACAUGAUACCAGCCAUGUUUCCUAUGGAGUGAGGCAGUGCACAUCUCACAUUUACCAUUCACUGCUGUACUAAAUCUGACUGAACUUUGACCCGGUAUUUACAAACAAAUAAUUCCAGUAGUCCAAGUUUCAGAGGUUUAUGGAUCAACCGUUUCCAGGGUGGAACACCAAAAUGUGCCUUUAUGAAACAGCUAAAAGUAAAAGGGCCGAAUUGACAAAAUGCAGUAUGAGACUAAAGUGGAAUUCUGAGUGGUCUAUGUGGUGUAAAUCUAACAAGGCACAUUUUACAAGGCAACAUCACCAGCACUGUAAAAUACACUAUAUGGACAAAAAUAUUAAGACACCUCUUCUAAUCUUUUGAAUUCACAUAUUUCAGCCACAACAACUGCAAAGAGGUGCAAUAUAUAAAAAAGGUGCAACUAUAUAAAACAAUUCUAUGUUCCUAACUUUGCAGCAACAGUUUAGGGAAGGUUCUCCCCCUGCACAAAGCAAGGUCAUAGAAACACUGUGAACUUGUUUACUUCAAGUAAUGCACAUCCAUUACAUUAAUACAUUGGAUUCACCUCUUGGAUUUUUGUGCACUUUGU